CAGUGAACCCAAGUUGGACAGGUAUUCAUCAGGGAACAUCUCUACCAGUCUGGAGAUGAUGCCUGGACUGGAAGGGUUCGAACUGGAGCCCUACGGCAAGACGGUGUCAUAUGCCCAGUUUCUAUACCCGACCAACGCCCUGGUCCGCCAGAAGACCCCCUCGGUGGACAUUACCCUCCAGGUGCCCCUCAACCAGGUGACCCGGAACAGAAACUACACCCCAACCAGGCUAAACAGCAACGUGGGACUGGACCUGGGUGUGGAUGACACUGGAGACUAUGACCCCAACCUUCUGAGUGACCCCCAGUGGCCCUGUGGGAAACACAAGAGAGUCCUGAUCUUCGCUUCAUACAUGGUGAGAGAGAGACACACACACACACACCUUAUUUUCACCUCAUACAUGUCUAAAGAGAGAGAUGCUACGGUGGUUGACGACUGCGGCCUGCAGGCGGUCACCGUGGCGAUGGCGUUUGUUUACUUUGAGAAGCUGGUCCUCCAGGGGCGACUCAACAAACACAACAGGAAGUUGGUCUCUGGAGCCUGCGUGCUGCUCGCCGCUAAGAUUAGCAGCGACCUCAAGAAGCAGGACGUCACUCAGCUCAUAGAUAAACUAGAGGAGCGUUUCCGUAUCAGUCGGCGGGAGUUGAUCCCGUUUGAGUUCACUAUCCUUGUUGCCCUGGAGAUGGCUCUGUACCUGCCUGAGAGAGCCAUCAUGCCACACUACCGACGACUGGUGCAGCAGAACUAGGACCAGACCCCUGCCACGCCCACUGCUGCACCCACGUGGACAGGAGCCACGCCUACUAGGGUUGGAGACUGGACAUGGGGGUGGGGUGAGGGGAGUAGCUACACCUGCUAGGGUCUGGAGACUGGACAUGGGGGUGGG